GAGAAGUUUCCCUACUUUCACAGUGAGAGCCUGGUGGGGCUCCUGGAAGUAAAUAAACCCUGGGAAAGUAUUCCAGGGCCUUGUAACCUUCAGGCUAGUCUGCACCCAGCCUCUAGCAAUUCAUCAGACUGCUUGAGGGUUCCUACGGAUUGCCGGCUCCCGUGGUGACUUCUGUUCCCGGAAAGAACAUGAGUCAGCAGCUAAACAGAAGCCGGAGCUGCUCCUUCAGCGAUGUGGAUGAGCUGAUGGGGACGGUGCAGCUGGCCGUCCACAUCCCCACCUUCCUCCUGGGCCUCCUCCUCAACGUGCUGGCCAUCCGAGGCUUUAGCACCUUCCUGAAGAAGAGGUGGCCAAAUUAUGCUGCCACCUCCAUCUACAUGAUCAACCUGGCAGUCUUUGACCUGUUGCUGGUGCUGUCCCUUCCGUUCAAGAUGGCGAUGUCCAGCGUAUGGGCUCCCCAUCCUUCCGUCUGUACCUUCGUGGAGUGCGUCUACUUCGUUAGCAUGUACGGGAGUGUCUUCACUAUCUGCUUCAUUAGUCUGGAUAGAUUCUUGGUCAUCCGGUACCCGUUCCUGGUCAGCCACCUCCGGUCCCCCAGGAAGAUCUUUGGGAUCUGUUGCACCAUCUGGGUCCUCGUGUGGGCGGGGAGUAUUCCCAUCUACAGCUUCCACGGGAAGGUGGAAAAGUACACGUGCUUCCACAACAUGUCCGAUGGCACCUGGAGUCCCCAGGUCUUCUUCCCCCUUGAGGUGUUCGGCUUCCUUCUUCCCCUGGGUGUCAUGGGUUUCUGUUCCUCCAGGAGCAUUCACAUCCUGGUCCGCCGUCGGGGCCUCACCGAGGACUGUGUCCAGCAGAAGGCCUGCAUCUGGACAAUUGCAGCCAGCCUGGCUGUCUUCGUGGUCUCCUUUCUUCCGGUCCAUUUGGGCUUCUUCUUGCAGUUCCUGGUACGGAAUGGCUUUAUUGUGGAGUGCAGAGCUAAGCAGAACAUCAGCUUGUUCUUGCAAUUGUCCAUGUGUUUCUCCAACAUCAACUGCUGCCUAGAUGUCUUCUGCUACUAUUUUGUCAUCAAAGAAUUCCGCACGGACAUCAUGGCCCACCAGCCUUCCAGGGUCCAGCUCGUCCGCCAGGAUACCAUGACCAGCAGGAUCUAAGGAAGGAAAGACCUACGCAGAAGAAGGAACCCCCGGCCCCAAAUCCCAGUAGCAGAUAUCGCGUUCCGAAGUUUCUGAUGUGGUGGACGGAUGUGGCACAUUUGCUGGUGUGCUUUCCCUUGUGAUGCUCAUUGAACACUGUCUUUGCUCAUUAUGCUCCAAAGAGCUUUCCCCAGCAUGCAGACAACUGGACAUGAAUCACCCGGUAUUUGGGAAUCUCUGAAGGACCCGAGAAACGGGUGAAUUCUUUAUUUCUAAGCUCAAAAACAUGAGGCAGAAGAAUUGAGAAAGAGAAGGAGACCAUCGGAGCCAGGCUGUUUCCCAGCUCUUCCCCAUCCUUCUGUUAGACUAGAAGGUUCUGGAAAGGAAGAGAGACGAGUUAGGAGAGAGACCCGAGAGGGUUGGUCAUGGUGGAAAAUGCUCUGGGAACAGACGGAGCAGGAGGGAUGUAGCAAGCUCCUUUCUAGUUUGGGGAUCCCAGGGUAGAGCAGACUUGUACUUCCCCAUCCUUUCUGGGGCUUUGCUGGCCAAUAACCUCACAGAGAUGAUAGCAAGUGGGGUUGAGAGGGGCAGAGAAAGAACCUACAGAGAGCCCCAAGUUUCCUAUGGGGAAGAAGGGCCUGGGAAGCCAGCCAAAGCUUCCUGUGUCCUCCCCAAGGCUGCAGAAGGAUGAGGGGAGCCGGUGUGAACCAGGCCAUGGUGAAGCUAUGGACGCUUUGUGGAAGAAUUGGGGACAGAGUGGAAGGGCACUGGUGACACCUGAGAGCCACAAGGGAAUUGGAUACACCUGGGGAAGGACGGUGACAGGCCAAGGACCCCCCGUUGCCAUCAUGAUGUCCUUUACAUGGAGUGUUAACACUGGUGCAGCAGGAAGAGAGGCAGUGGGGACAAGCCUAGAAGAGGGGGAAAUUCCUGAACGUGACUAGCUGGCUCUCUUGACCAGACAAGACCAGUCUAAUUGUUAAUUAGACCAUUUCAUGGGAAGGAUGAGAAAGAAUCAGGCUUGAUUUGGUUCAGCCAGAGGAGAAUAAGGAACAUGUGUUUGUCUUGCCCACCUGAAUCCUGCCAGGACGGCUGGCUCGGAGCCACUGUCCACAGAACUGUCCCUCUCCAGUGGCUGGGAGGAGGCAAAUGAGCCAGCCAGGAAUGGGAGGAAUCAUCUCGAUGGCAUGGAGCCCCCUGGCAGUUCCUACUCGAAGACCAAACAACUGCCUCCCGGUCUGGACUGGGCUUCUCUCUCCAGUGGCCCUGAGGAGGAGAAACGGUGGCGGCUGUGAGACUUGCGAGGACAUAGCCGCUGCUCCAGAGAGCAAAAUGACUAGAAGGAUGGGUUGUGGGGUGGUUUUGCGAGACGGAGUGAGUGGGACGAGAUGUAAGGGAUGAGACCUAAUGUGAGAAAGGGGGAGGUCUUUAGGAAGAAAAGAACCUCUUUCCACUUGGAGGGAAAGGGGCUUCCUCUGCCAAAGGGUGGAUGGAAGGUAGGUGGCUUGUGGCCGAAGAAGAGGGCGAUUUCGAUAACCCUGCCAGGAGGCGGGGGCGGAGGCUGGGUGAUUACCGAGGUGAGGCCCGAAGCCACAGGGCUCUGUGAAGGGGUGGGGUAGCGGUGGGGGGUGGUGGAGAGGAAGCAUGGAGGGCAGAGCUGCUUCCUGCUUGAGAAUCGCCAGCUCGGCCGAGAGCAUCCAAGGGCAGGAGCCCCUCUGCCUCCUGCUUCCGCCCCAGCCAACCCAGUAGUCAGGUGGAAGGAAGGGUGAGAACACGGCGUCAAUGAAAGGGUGGAAAUAGCUGUGGAGGAAUGAUCGCGACCAGGACCAGAGGCUCCCGCCCCUCCCACAGUGGGCAUCCAGGAACCGGUAGCCUGGGGCAGGGGCUCUGCUGUCCAAGCUGCCCUGAGGUGCCUACACCCUGCACCGUUUCGCGGCCAUCCUGGACAGAGGCUCUAAGAAAGCCAGGCUGUUACAUCCAGCAGGACAUUGGUGCCGGGGGUUGGU